GGGAAGAAACAUGCAUAGAUCGCGGAAGAAAGUUCACAAUGAUGAUGAUCAUCAAGACCAGAAAGAGAGGUAUCUUCCCAUUGAAAUCCAAACAGAAAUCUUACGUAGAUUGCCGGUGAAAUCCUUAGCUAGAAUGAAAUCCGUGUGCAAGCCAUGGUGCGACCUUAUCCCGGAGUACCCUCCAUUUGUGAGGGUAGGCGGCCUCAUCAGACAUUGUUUUAGCGAGCCAUUGCGCAAGGUAUUGACGAACAGUGAUCUUAGCUGGUAUAAUAAAAGGCUGGCAUUAGUACCCCGAGAUAGUGUAACCAGACUCUUGCUGCCAAUGUUGGAGCCUAAAGAUGGAGAUAUUUCAAAAGGGAUAUCGGUUCUUACCUAUGAUUGGUUGGGUAAUAAGUUUCCUAUGAGGUUUACGGUCUGGAAUCUUGGGACAAGAGUGCAGAUGCAUGUAUUGGUAGGUGGGUGGUAUGGCUUAUGUUACAAGCAUUCAAAAACCAUGACCGUCGGCGAUAGGCUCAUCGUGCGGAUGUUUCGAGAUCCAUCUGAUGGAAUAUGUUUUGCUCUGAGUCUUGUCAAGAGUGGAAGAGAAGACCAAUUAUUGGCAAAUCAAAAUAAUAAUAGAAGAUAG